AUUGAUUCGUUGGAUUGAUCGAAAAUUUGAAGUAAAGAAGAAGAGAAGUGGAAUUGAGUGUACCUGAAAAAGAGGAAGAGCCUACUUGGGACUUCCUUCACCAUCAAAUUAACGGUACCAGAUCUUAAAGCAACGAAAAAACGCCCAAAAUGUCCAGCGAGGUAGAAGAGACAAUGAAAAGAAUUCAGUCCCACAAGGGCGUUAUUGGUACAAUUGUGGUGAAUUCCGAAGGCAUUCCAAUAAAGACUACAUUAGAUAACACCACCACGGUACAGUAUGCUGGGUUAAUAAGUUCCCUAGCUGACAAAGCCAGAAGUGUAGUUAGAGACUUGGAUCCUUCAAAUGAUCUGACCUUUUUGCGGAUUCGAUCGAAAAAACAUGAAAUUAUGGUGGCGCCAGACAAGGAGUUUAUCCUGAUUGUUGUUCAAAAUCCUACAGAUUAAUAUUUUAACAAUUUAUUUCAAAAGUAUUUUUAGACUAUUGCACAGAAGUAUAUUUGUUUCCUUUAGCACUAUCCAAUAAUAAAAACUGUUUUUUUAUUUUAGUUGAUAUAAUAAUUAUAAUAUUUCUUUCAAAUAAAUUACUGAAUGUAGUAUAAA